UAGGUAUCAUAAAUUACUUUCUUAGGUACUCAUAACGUAACGUGAUGAUGCAGACUAAUUGUGUUCAGGGUUGUUAGAAUUCUUAAUGAGUAUUAGUGGCUUGUGAAAGAAAAGUACAGUCAGCGAUAAAAACUUGUACAAAAAAUUAUUUUCUGCCAAAAACUUAUUCAAGAAAAAUGCACUUAAAUAUGUGUGAUGGUCGCGAUUUUUGUAAACGCUUCAUAAAUUCACAAUACGGUGUCUGGCGACUUUUGCUGAACGCCACAGAUUAAUGUUUUGCCACAGUUGAACGACUGUAAGAAACCAGAUUACAAUUAUUUCUUUGUCUUUCGUUUUAGCUGUUAUGCCGGGACGUAUUCUGUUCCCUUUCCGAAGCAGCUUCUAUUACUUCAACGUCCGCGUUGGAUCAAUCAUGGUGGUGGCUGGCGAUGGUCUGUUGAGCCUAGUGCGGCUGGCACUGGUUCUGACUGGAGUAGAAAUGUUUGACAAGGAGCAUAGAUUUAUUAACAUGGAUGUACAGCGUAAGGGAAUCAAGAAUUCGCUACAGCGUUCUCUUCGGAUUGAAUCUACUGGCGUCCCAAUUGCUUGCCGUGGGAAUCUUAAUAAGCAAACGCCGGCCACUCCCGGUGCUAAUGGUGCCCUGGCUUGUCAUGUUCCUGUGCUGCACUUGGCUGUAUUAUCCGAACAUAAUUUACCACAAAAAAAAGCCAGGACCCAUCGCCAUCUGUGUUCUCAUUAUGGCAUUAUGCCUAUACUGUUGGAGCGUUGUGCUUAGCUUCUUCUUGGAGGUCCUGGAACGGACUUCUCCGAAGCCAGAUCGGUCUGACGUAACAGCGGCAGUUGCCAAACCUCAGCUUCGGCAGGAAAUUACGUUGCAUAAGCCUAAUACGGUUUGAUGAUAAAAACUCCUCGAAAACUAUACGAAA